AUGCAAGCUAUUAGUAAAACUAUAGGACAGAACUUGCUCUCAAAAAGUGGUGCUCCAAUGAAAAAGACGGGCGAACGAAGGAAAGAUCACAUUGAAAACUGCGUGCCGCACUAUGAGCAGUUACAUCGACAUAUGCAGUUACAUACUGGUGAUCGUGGAUGGAAAGCUACAGAAUUGUCUCUGAUUGCUUCUUAUGAUUAUGGAAAUUAUUCAGUGGUCACCAUCGAAGCAGACGGUUGGUUUGGGUAA